GAGAUUCCCCGGCUGCUCCUCGAGCUGGGCCUGCUCAGGGAUCUGCGAUCAACCGCCACGGUUCGGGUACAGCUUUCUUUCAAUCGCCGUGGCGAGCCCUGGCACCAAAGCUCAGACCAGGAGGUUGCCAGCAGGCUUCGUGCCUAUGGCAUCGAGGUGGAGAGCUAUCCGGGCAACGUCCUCUACGAGCCGCAGGAUCUGCAACCCAUCGAACGGUGGCAGAGGUGGCGGGCCAGGGUCCGGGCAGAGGAGGCUGCGGCCCGGGGGCUUCCGGCAGACUCGGUGGCAGCCAGCGGCAAGCCCAAGCAGCUGGAGCACAUCAGCGGCUUUGGCAGCUACCGCUUCUUCUCCCAUGCCUUGGAGGAGCUGGGUCCACCUCCGUUUCCCCUGGGCACGGUGGACCGGCUGCCCCGCUGCCCGGGCGUUGCCUCGGAGGACUUGGAUUCUUUGGGCCUGGGCGAGACCUCAGGUCAAGGCUUCACGCCGGACUUUCGCCAGAGCGCCAGCCACAAAUCUGGCGAUUGGGCUGCCGGCAUCAGGUCCUGGUGGAAGGUUGGUGAAGCUGCGGCGAACGAGCGGCUUGCACACUUCCUGGACUCCGUACUGGCUGCGGGUGAUUUCGAAGGUCGGAAGCGACUGCUCUGCCACGAGCGGAACACAUCCGAGCUCUCCCCGUACAUCCGCUUCGGAGAGAUCUCAGCUCGAAAGGUGUACUGGGCAGCGAAGCGCCGCAGAGAGCGAACCAAUCAGAAGCUCUUCGAGAAUCCCGGUUACGAGUAUGUUGGAAGACACGCCAGUUACCAGGGAAGUCGGGACGAGGCCACCAAGGCCAACGCAACAUUCCUCCGGCGCUUCAUCUGGCGCGACCUGUCCUAUUGGUUCCUCUGGCAGUUCCCGAGCCUGCCGCGAACAUCCUUGCGACCGCAGUACGAGGAGCAGACCUGGAGCGGCACCCGCCGGCAGCUGCGGCACUGGCAAAGAGGCCCUGCGCGUUCUUAG